UUCUAAGUUAUAUCGACUUGUAACCAUUCCACAUUAGUUGGGAAUGGAGGUUACAAACAAGUACAUAGUCAUCAAGGCCAAAAUAGAUGGUAAACCACAAGAGAGUGAUUUCGAGUUCAAGACCGAAACGCUUUCUCUUCCUAUCAACCCAGUCUCCAACGAUAUCAUUGUUAAAAAUCUUUGUAUAUCAAUCGACCCGUAUCAGAUUAACCGAAUGAAGACUGUUAGUGCUUCUCAGGAAACUUCAGAGUUUGCUGCAGGCAUUUCUCCCGGUGAGGUGAUUGUUGCUUUUGGUGUAGGGAAAGUGGUUGCAUCUCAUAAUCCUAAAUUUGAAAAGGGUGAUUAUGUUGUGGGCCAUAUAAGCUGGGGAGAGUAUAGCAUAUCACAGGGCUUCAUUUUAAACAAAUUGGACCCAAUGGGCUUCCCAUUGUCAUACCAUGUUGGCAUUUUAGGGCUUGCUGGGCUGACUGCUUAUGCCGGGUUCUUUGAAGUUUGUAAGCCCAAGAAGGGUGAAAAGGUGUUUGUCUCAGCUGCUUGUGGAUCUGUAGGAAAUUUGGUGGGUCAGUAUGCUAAGAAUUUUGGGUGCUAUGUUGUGGGUUGUGCCGGGAGCGCAAAAAAGGUGAAAUUGUUGAAAGAAAAGCUCGGAUUUGAUGAAGCAUUCAACUAUAAAGAAGAAACCGAUCUAAAUUUGACACUCAAAAGGUAUUUCCCGGAUGGGAUUGACAUAUACUUUGAUAAUGUGGGAGGCGAAAUGUUAGAGGCCGCAAUAUCAACCAUGAACUUGCAUGGUAGGGUUGCACUAUGUGGAAUCAUAUCAGAGUACACUAACGCGGGGAAACGUGCAGCACCAGACAUGCUAAGUGUUAUGUAUAAAAGCAUCACCAUUCAAGGAUUCUUAGUUGGUAACUACUUGCAUUUGUUUCCCGAGUUUCUCAAAUUGACUAUCGAUCAUCUUCGUACGGGCAAGAUGCAUGUGCUUGAAGAUGUCUCAUUCGGUCUAGAAAGUGUUCCUUCAGCUUUUGUAGGGCUCUUUCGAGGCGACAAUGUUGGGAAGAGGUGUGUUCAAGUUUCUCAGGAUUAGUGACAUAAGCAGCGGUCGAUGGGCAUUUAAAAGAAAAAAUUAAAUAAUUUCGAAUUAAAAGAAUUGGUCAUUGUAUCCUAUAUUGACUAAUGACUUGUAUUUAAGACAGUUAUGUCUCCUUCACUCCAUGAAUCUUUACCAUCUAACUCUUCUCAUUCAUCAAUAAUCAAAUUUGAAAUUAUGUUUCUUAA